UGUAGUUCAUCGUUACCCAGCUGCACAUUACCAUCUUACUGCCAACUUCAGUUUAAUAAAGACUGCCCAGUUCAGGAGCAUUCAGACAAACAUAGCUGCCAUGGCCAGUAUCAUCCCACUGAGAGGAUAGACCUCCAAAUGCUGGACCUGCUGACUGCGCCACAUAAAGACUACCAUCUGAUCAAAACAGAAGAUCCCAGCAGGAACAUGUCUCCUACUGCUCUGCUGCUGGAAUCAGGAGGGAGCAGAGGAAACCUGGCUCACUUCCCCAGUCUGAGAGAGGUAAACCUGGUACAACAGAAACUGUCUGAAUAUGCAACACUUGUCAGCAACCUAGACCUGGAGUUUGAAAUGCGCUUUCAGGACUUCAGGAAGAAUUCAGGUGACAUGGAGCUGUUUUCCCAACCCUUCAGCACAAGAGGCCCUCAGUCCAUUCAAAACUAA